CUGGAGAUCACUUCCCACAAAUAAUUGGAUUAAUAUUUUACGUAGCAACUGGAUUACUAUUUGGAUACAUUUUUCCCGGGGCUUCAGCCGCACAAACGAUGAAUUUUUCAUACGUUACUGGUUGCGCCGAAGCAAAUGUCGAUCCAGCAUGUCUCAAAUGCGGCAUUCGCGGAUGCAUGAAAUGCCCCAAUUUGAUUCUUGUCGACGACAGAACUUGCGUCGAUGAUUGUCCCACGGGUUACACGGAAAUUUGGUCCUCGGCGCCCGAUUACAUGGGUCGCAUCUGCUAUCCCGUGGGGUUAUCGGGAUCUUUCCUCACAGCGCUCGUCGGAGUUACACUCGGUGCUAUUUUGUGCUUCACGAUGUUACUUGUUGCCGCUUCCAUGAUCCGGAAGAAACAUCGUCGACGCAUCGUGCGAAAUGCCCUGAUUGACGACACCAUUUCGCGGCACGAAUUUCUGAGGCAAUUGAGCGAAUUGCGACCCCAAUCGGAGUAUUUUCUGCAAAUGUUGAACGAUACACGACGACAAGUGCGGAAAUUGCAUUUGUCAGAAGAUGCGCAAUCCGCUUCAAUUUACAACCCGGUUAUUCGGGAUCUCGCUAAAAUCCUCAUUUUGCUCAAUAGGCCCGUGGAGCUGCUGCAUGAGGCGCCGCACGACUGGAAUCGUCUCUAUUCGUGGGCAGAACGGGCCCUCGAUUGCUACAAGCCGCAAAUUGAGCAACUAAUUGAAUUCCUACAGACGUCAGAGGCGCCCUACGAUGCCCGACUGGUAUCCAGUCAACAUUCUACCUUUAAGUCACAGCAAUCUGCCACCAGUACAAAUACAUCGAACAACUCGCAGACGCAGCAGUUGCUCGGCUCGCUCAUUAGUUUGCACGAGUUGGAGGAGCAACUGGCUGCGGAGGCGGCCAAUGAACGAAAUGCCGCGACAAAAAGCGCGCAAUCACCACCGACAAACGACGCCUUUGGCGAUGCCUUCGAUCACGUCAAGGACUACCUUAGUUCUUCGCCCGGUGUGCGAACGAGCACCAUCUGGCUGGAAGACGAGUUUUUCCGAUUAGGUUUAAGGCCGCAAGACGAAAUUACGACUGAACUGUAGCUUUUCUUUGAAUUUCUCUUUUAUGAGGCAGAGCAAUUAAGAAAAAUGUUUCAAAUUUCAGCUAAUUUUUGACAUUUUUAAAGUUUUCUUAUCAAAACUUCAUAAAAAUUGUCUUAAAGUCAUUUAAAA